GGUGAGACAAACUGUCGUGAAAUUCAUUGUUGAAAUGAAACAGAAGAAAUCUUAGGUCUUGUUGUUGAUUUCCCGGUCUGGUGGGCAGUGCGUUAGGUUUCACAUGUCCAAUACUCUUGGUUCCUUAUAUUAUUAAACUCAACCCCCCCCUCCCCAACAUUUCUAUUAUUCUUAGCUUUGAGAUCGGAAGGAGUUUUUGGAUUAUGGGAGAAGUAGUAGUACCCAUUGAAGACAAGUCGAAGCAUGUGCUUCCACUUUAUCUACCCCCUACGCCCGUUCCUUUCCAAAUUAUCACCAUUAAGGACACGCCUGGAGCUGCGGCUGGAGUUUCUCCGCCACCACAGGGUGUGGUCAACCUUAGUGAACUUGAAUCUUGGCUGCCUCUAACCGAGUCCAGAAAUGGCAGCACUUUCUCUUCUAUUUUACAUCUGCUUUGUUCAGGGAUUGGGUUUCAGGUCCUUUUCCUCCCUGUUGCUUUUGCAAGUCUUGGAUGGGCAUGGGGGAUCAUAUGUUUGUCCAUAGCAUUCAUGUGGCAACUCUACACCACAUGGCUUCUAGUAAAUCUUCAUGAACCUGUUCCUGGAAUCCGUUGCAGCAGAUUCGUCCGCAUGUCAAUUCUUGCCUUUGGCCCAAAGCUUGGGAAGUUGCUGGCAAUCUUCCCAGUAAUGUAUCUAUCAGGAGGCUCUUGUGUUAUGCUUAUUAUCACAGCAGGAAGUUCCAUGGAACAACUUUUCAACAUCAUAUGUGAGGAAGGAACCAUGUGUGGAUCCAUGUCCCUGAGUGGUACACAGUGGUUCCUCAUAUUUACUUGCAUAGCCCUUAUCAUUGCUCAAUUAUUCCCCAAUUUAAAUUCAAUAGCCCGAGUUUCUCUAACCGGUGCCAUAACUUCCAUUGGGUACUGUACUAUGAUAUGGGCUCUAUCCAUCAGCAAAGGCAGGCCAAAUGAUGUCUCUUACGGCAUACCAGUUGCUGACAGAACUGGUAUGACUGGAUUUGGUAACAUCUUGAAUGCCAUUGGCAUCAUUAUGCUUGCAUUCAGAGGUCACAAUCUUAUUCUUGAGAUUCAGGGGACAUUGCCAUCAGAUUCAAAGCACCCAUCACGGAAAUCUAUGUGGAGAGGAGUAAUGGUAUCGUACAUGAUAAUAGCUAUGUGUUUAUUUCCACUUGCAAUUGUUGGAUUUUGGGCUUAUGGAAACGAGAUACCUGAAGAAGGGAUUCUAACUGCAUUUACAAAAUUUCAUGGACAAGACACUUCAAAGUAUGUAAUAGGCCUGAUCUACAUAUGGUUAACUAUAAGUUGCAUAACGUCAUACCAAAUCUAUGCCAUGCCUGCUUUCGACAACUUAGAGUUUAUUUACGCCAGCAGUAAAAAAAGGCGAUGCCCAGGGUGGGUUCGUGCCGGUAUACGCCUUUUCUUCGGAGGGGUCACGUUCUUCGUAGCAGUGGCUUUUCCCUUCUUGGGAAAAUUGGCACCUUUAAUUGGAGGAAUGGCAGCUGUGCCUUUGACGUUUGUAUAUCCAUGUUUCAUGUGGAUUUCGAUCAGAAAACCACGACCAAAGGGUGCAAUGUGGAGUCUCAACUUGGGAGUGGGUUCUAUUGGCAUUGUACUCAGCCUUUUGUUAAUAGUUGCUGCUGUGUGGAAAUUAGAUGACAAAGGCCUGAAUGCCAACUUCUUCAGGCCUUAAUGAUAGAUAUACAAGUCAUGUGUAUAUUUAUAAACUUUUAAUCAGGCCUAAUCUAAUUCUUUUUGUGUGCAUGAUAAUUGAAAUCUAAGAAAUUAACUAGUUUGCAAA